AUGGCUCGCAAGCUAUACCAGCCCCUUCACUUUAACCACGGCUACAACUUUGUGUUCUUCCUUGUGACAGCGGGCGCCAUGCUCGGCUUCUCCCUCUCGCGGCUCAUGUACCUUGACAUUGACGGCACUUUCUGCAAGUCAGGCAGCAAGACAGGUGCUGCUCCCGGAGAAUGCUAUUACUACAGCGGAAGAGGCGGUAGCCGGUACCGCAUAGGAAUCAUCCUCCAUCUAGCAGCCAUACUACCAGCCGGCCUCCUCGUCGGCUUUCAGUUUGUGCCUGUUAUUCGCCACAAAGCAUUGUUGUUUCACCGCAUCAGCGGCUACACCAUCAUGAUUUUGAGUCUGACAAGCAUGGCGGGCGCUUUCAUGGUCACCGACAAAGCGUUUGGUGGCGAACUACUCUCGCAGACGGUCACUGGACUGGCAGCCGUCAUGUUCCUAGUGUCGCUGUUGCUUGCGUAUCUCAACAUCAAGCGGCUGCAGAUUGAGCAGCAUCGCGCGUGGAUGCUUCGUGCAUGGAGCUAUGCCGCUUCUGUCAUCACUUUGAGGAUCAUUCUACAGAUCCCUGGUAAUAUUAUCAGCAGAAAUGGAUUCUACACUACUCGGUUGUGCAAACAGAUUGACUAUAUCUUUGGCGGCAUCGAAAACUACACCAUGACGCUAUAUCCAGCAUGCGAAGCGUUUUACACUGGCAAGAAUCUAGAUCAGCGUGUUGCUGUGGCGGCAAAUGCGAAUAGCAACGAUCCCGUCGAGGUGACGGCCUCUAUUGGCAUGACUUUUGGGAUGGCGUUCCUUGUGGCGCUAGCACUGCAUGCAAUCCUUAUAGAGGCAUAUAACGGCUGCGCGCUGUUUCUUUUCAACGGCAAACCGAGGCCGGCAUAA